AUGGCGGAUGGACCUAUCAUCGCCCCCACCGCCCCCACCGCCAGACCAAAGAGACCACGACCGCCAUCAGGACGCACCAACCUAGCCUCAUGCGUUGUCGCCACAAUCUUCUUAAUUUUCAUCAUCAUCGUCAUCCUCAUAGUCUACUACACAGUUUUCAAACCCCAAGACCCCAAGAUCGCCGUCAACGCCGUUCAGCUUCCAUCCUUCUCCGUCAUCAACGGCACCGUUAACUUCACCUUCGCACAAUACGCCUCCGUUAGAAACCCUAACCGAGCUGCUUUCUCUCACUACGACAGCUCUCUUCAAAUCCUCUAUUACGGUAGCCAGGUCGGGUUCAUGUUCAUCCCCGCCGGUCAGAUCGACGCCGGGAGAACACAGUACAUGGCCGCCACGUUUUCUGUCCAGUCUUUCCCGUUGUCGGCACCGCCGAAUAUGGGGCCCACACUCGCGAAUGGUGAUGGUGUAGGGUUUAACUUCGGGUUGAGAGUUCAACCGACGAUGGAGAUUGAGUCGAAGCUGGAAAUGGCAGGGCGUGUUAGGGUUUUGCAUUUCUUCAGUCACGAAGUGAAGGUUAGAACCGGUUGCAGAGUCGCCAUUGCCGUUAGUGACGGUUCUGUGUUAGGCUUUCAUUGCUAA